AUGGUGAAGAGAGGCGCCUGGAAGCGCCUUCUCGGCAUUGCUAAGAAGACGACCGCAGCCUGCGAGACGCUUAUUAACGUGAGUCAAGAUGCCGAUCGCCGAGCUGCCGAUUUACGAGACGCGGAAUGGUGCUGUUCGGACGUGGCCUUCAUGGACAUUCCCGUUCCCGAGUUGCCCGACCACCGGUACCUGGACAACGAGUGCCAGGCGUGCGGCACCGACCUCAUCGAGGGCUGCGCCGGGACAGCAAGACCUACGCGACUAGCUUCACGCUUCGAGCUGAGGGCCUCGCCGAGCGCCGACAUAGAGGACGGCUGGGACUUGUCAACUACGCGAGGUGCUCAGAGAUGGAAAGAUCAGAUACAGAAAGACAAGCCCCUCUACGUGAUCGUAGGCUUCCCCUGCACGCUCUGGUGCUCCUACAACGUCAAUGUGAAUUACGUCGACCAUCCCGAGCUGCUUGAGAGACUUCGUGCUCGGGAUCGACGGCUGAUUGACUUGAUCAAGUGGACCAUCAAGUACCAGGUGAAGCAUGGCCGGUUCUUCUUGUUCGAGAACCCGCCGACGUCAGCGAUCUGGAAGGACCUCCAGUUCGCCCCGCUCCUGCCCUUGGGCGAGACCGUUAUUGGCCAUGGGUGCCAGUACGGGAAGACAGGCAAGACUGGCCUGCCGAUUCGCAAGGCGUAUCGCUGGUUCUCCAACUCGCCGCCCGUGCUUGCGGCUCUGAGCCGCCGCUGCCCAGGACUUCGUCCGGAGUCCGGGGGCCACUUGCACGAUCAGAUCGAGAACUCGAAGUGGACAAAGGCCAGCGGCGAGUACACCGACGAGAUGGCCCACGCGAUGCUCCACGCGAUCCAGCAGGUCGCCGCCCAGAGGAAUCCGAGCAGGUUCGCCGACAUGCCGGUCACGGCUACCGAGUGGGAGGUCGCCUACAACCACGCAGGUCCCAUCGAGGUGCUGUUCGCCUCGCCAGAGAAGGACCCCACCAGGUGGGAGGCGGUCAUGCAGGGCGUCCGACAGAUCGUGGGCGGCUCCGCCAGCCGCGGCGGGAACAAGGCCAUGCAUUACCUUUCGAAGUCAUCCACGCUCUGGAGACAGAUUAGCCAGCUCGUCCCGUGGGACCUCACGAUGAUCCAGCUCGCGAAGACAGCCAAGCAAAGGAGGUUCCCCAUCAACAAGGAGCCGUGGUCUCACCGUGGGCACUGCUACGUGGACGAGAAGGGGCAUUACCACAUCGAAGCCGAGGACCUGGUUGACGUGGCCUUCCCGACGUUGGCCUUGUCGCCGCCCGCGGACCUAGCCGUUUUCUUCCUCGGCUAUGCCAAGCAGGAGUCCCUCCCGCAGGAGCCUGACACAUCACAGAUAGAGAAGCGAAUGCCGCUUCCCCCGGACCCGAACGACCCGAUGCUGCCGAACAACAGCCUGCCGCCCGACGAGGACGACGACCUGCAGGACGUCCCGAUCGCUCGGAUGCCUGACGCGUCUGGCGGUAUGGCUGGCAUACGUUUUGUUGGAGUGACAAAGGAGCAGUGUCCUCGUGAAGUUCGCCAGCUUGUCGCUCGUAUGCGCUGUAACUUGGGACAUCCGGUGCCCAGCGAGUUCUUCCAGUUCCUGGCUCAGAGAGGCGCCUCGCAGGCCACGCUGCUGUGCGCCAGAGCGCUGAGGUGCCCGGCGUGCCUUCGUCGCAAACGGCCUCAGCGACAGCGGGAGUCACAGAUUCCAAGAGUGGGUCUGUUCAACGACUUAGUCAAGGGCGACUUGUUCUACGUCAUGACCCACGACGGUACGACACACGCACUCUUGGGACUGGUGGACAAAGCUACGAGACUACAUGUGGUGUGUCGGAUUACUUCACGCGAACCAGGAGACGUCUGGGAGAAGUUCCAGACGUGCUGGCUCACCCCGUUCGGGAUCAUGCAGAUUCUGGUUGUCGACCGGGACGGUGCCUUCGAAGCCGUGUUCAUGGACAACUGCCACACGUUGGGAAUCGACGUGAGGUACGUGCCGCCGGGAGCUCACUGGCAGCUGGGCCUGGCCGAAUCCGGCAACUACGCCUGGCGCCGAGUCUUCGAGAAGGUGAUCGACGUCAUCCUGCCGACGACGCCAGAGCACGUGGACCUUGCGAUCAUCUCGACGAGCCACGCCGUAAACCAGUCAGUGCGCCGAGCAGGCCGCACCGCCUAUGCCGCCGCCUUCGGACGGGUACCCACACUUCCGACCGAGCUCUUGGCCGACACCACGUCCGCCGAGUUCUGGCACAAUUGCACCCAGGAUGAGAUGCUGGCCUACGGGGAGAGAUGCCGCAUUGAGGCGCUCAAGGCGAUCGCCGACCUGGAGGCCGACGAGGCGCUGCGCACCUCCAUCCUCCGCCAGCCUGUCAACCGCAAGGAGUACGACUUCCUCUCGGGACAGCGCGUGGCAGCCUGGGGCGAGCAUGGUCGCAAGCGACGGGGCAAGACGCCCGUGGCAGGGUAUCGCCCAGGCAUUUUCUGUUUCUGGGAUUCCGGCACCAACGGCUACGGCGAGGGCGAGUCUGCCUGGUUGCAGAUCGGGCACCGCACUGCACAGGUGGCCCGCGAACACAUACGCCCAGCCGUCGGUUUCGAGGGCUGGACCCCUUCCGAGGAGGACCUCAAGGAGCUCAAGACGGCCGAGCAGGACUUGGCGAAGGCCAGAGCGGUGCCCGGCGUCGAGCCCAGCGUCGAGCCGAAGGCGAAGCUCCAGAGCCCGCUGCGCCCUUUCCGUGGCCGGCACCGCCUCAGUUUGGACCAGUCAGAACACGAGAGCGCUCUGCGACGAAAGCUUCCUCACAUACCGGGCUCACCGAGCCCAGCAGCCUUCGUGUCCAACGAGUCGGACGAGAUGGAGUUCAUCACACCGGAUGGCUGGGACGGAGUCGAGGAGCCGGUCCUGCUCAGGACCCGCGUGUUCUCGAGCCUGGCGGAGGUCCAGGAGGCCUACGAGGCGCACCUCUUGCCCAUCGAGAACUUCGAGAACGACCCGAUCGACGACAGCGAGCCGGACGACGACUGGACAAACUGCCUGUACAUGACCUCCCACGAGCUCUCCGACCUCAGGGACGGCGAGAUGGACGUGGACUGUGCGACAGCACAGGUGGGCGACACGACGGACUCGAACAACCUGUCGAGACGCGAGCAGCGUCAACUGGAUCGUGAAAUCCCCUGGCGGGAGAUCGCAGAGUACCCGGAGGACCAGUUCAUGGAGUACGAGUGCCAGAACUGGGACACCUGGAAGUCCGUUCGGGCCUGCUCGCAGGAGGAGGCCGAACAAGUUCGUCGUGACCCUCAUCGCCGCAAACGGUGCAUCCGCUCGCGCGUGUGCUACCGGGACAAGAACUUGGGGUUUCCGCCGUUGAAGGCCAAGGCUCGCCCGGUGUUGCUGGGGUUCUCCGACCCCGACCUGGAGAAGUUGCCGCGCAACGCCCCGGUGCUGACCGACGCUGGCAAGAAGCUGAUCUGCCAGAUCGCGGUCUCGAAUGACUGGCGAGUCGGGACCGGAGACGCGGAGAGCGCCUUUCUCCAGGGAGGCGCCCAGAGCGAGCGCGAGGAGGCGAUCUACAUGAUUCCGCCCAAGGACCCGAUAGUUCAAGCCGCCGGAGUCUUCACCGCCCCACUCUACGAGGUGGUUGGCAACCUGUACGGUCAGUCGACGGCGCCGUACCUAUGGUACAAGCACGUGGUGACGACCUUCCUGGCGCUGGGCAGCAAGCUCCACAGCCUCGAUUCAGCUCUCUUCUUGUGGUUUUUUCCGAACAAUGAGUUGGCUUGCGCGGUGGGUAUGCACGUGGACGAUGCUCUUGCGGCACACCGUCCCGAGUUCGACUUCACACCGAUCGAGAAGGCUAUCAAAUGGCGAGGCUGGCAGUGGGACAACUUCGUCUUCCUCGGCGAGGAGUACCAGCGCCUACGUCAAGGUCCGUACAGCGGAAGCUUGUUUGUUCAUCAAGCGGCCUACACUAAGGCGAUUGCAGUCACGAAGGUUGGAGUUAUGUCCAGCACUCGGUCUUCUUCUAAGCUGACGCGCUCUGAGCGCGAAGAUCUGGAGUCUGCUGUCGGUUCGCUCCAGUGGUUGUCCGGACACACACGUCCAGACCUGUCAGCCGCGGUUUCCCUUGUUCAGAGGACCGACCCCGAGCUGAACGACCUACGGAUGGCCAUGAAGCACGUCGAGUACGCGCACCGCACAGCCCAGACCGGCAUCCUGAUCGUCCGCGUCGAUUUGAGCCGCGCCUGCUUCGUGAGUUUUGCAGACAGCUCAUGGGCGAACGCUCCAGGAUUGAAGACCCAGAUCGGCACCCUCAUCUUUCUGGCAGACGAGGUGAUACUCACCGGACCCACGUCAUGUACUCUCUUGUUUCACAAGUCCAAGAGAACGCCGAGAGUGGUGAGAUCUACGCUGGCUGGGGAAGCUAUCGCGCAGGACCUGGGAGUGGACUACGCGUCGUACUUGUCGAAGUUCCUGUCCGAGAUGUUGACUGGACGGCCUGCUGGCCGACACCCACCGAUCUUCGAGGUUAUCACCGUUACCGACUGCAAGUCUCUGUACGAUGCCCUCCACCAGCUCACCCCGAGUUUGUCUGAGAAACGUACUGUGAUCGACGUGAUUUCCAUUCGUGACGAGGUGAAGGUCAAGAACGUCAGAUGGAUCCCUACGACGCACAUGAUAGCCGACGGCAUGACCAAGGAGGAUCCGAAGCUUCGUGAGAAUCUGACCAAGUUCUUGGCGGAUCCAGUGCUUUCGCUCGUGGAGUCGAUUGCUUGCGAGGAGCUGACCGGUGGGGAUGGCCAA